CAGGUAUGAUGAUGUCAAAUGUGAUGCUGAUGCUCCAGUGACUUAAGCCUGCCUCUUUUGGCGCAGACUCCGUAAUCCUCCCGGUGGCUCCCAGGCAGCGCCGGGCUUCGCAGAAGUAGUGCAUCUCCUAAUCAGGUCACAUUUCAGCGGGGAUCCAGCCGCCCUUCUCUCCCUCCGAGCCGGGAGAGAGAUCAGAGGAGGAGGAAGAGAAAGAAGAAGACUCUAUAAUCGCUUUGCGGCCAGCGAGGGAGCCACCGCCUCGCAGGCAAGAUGAGAGCCCCAGGCUGUUGUCUGGUGCCGCUGCUGCCGCUGCUGCUGGCCCUCGCCUUGGCGGAAGGGGACGGCAAGGCGGCCAAAGAAGGCGACAAUCCCGGCAAUUUCAUGGAGGACGAGCAAUGGCUGUCUUCCAUCUCCCAGUACAGCGGCAAGAUCAAGCACUGGAACCGUUUCCGAGACGUGAGUCCGGAUGGAGUAGCCCAUGCAUGAUUUUUUUAUUUUAUUUUUUACCUCGUAGCAUGCAAAUUCCUCCGC